AUGCGUCCGCAGCGUUGCACCGCGCUUCUGCCCAUUGCCGCCCUGGGCAUCCAGUCGACGUCUGCCCGGGUCGGGAGACUGGCGCCUCGAGAUGCGGCGUGCAGGAAGACCAGCGUUGCCAUUUUAGGCGGCGGCAUGGCCGGCGUCACCGCAGCGCAAGCACUCUCCAACAACUCCAUCACCGACUUUGUCAUCAUCGAGUACAACGACCGGCUGGGCGGCCGUGCCACACAGGCCGAUUUCGGCAAACAGGACGACGGCUCGCCGUACGUGGUUGAGCUCGGACCAAACUGGGUAUGCAUCGUGGCCAAGCAUUUCCGCCUCCCGCCUUGGUGGUGGUCGCCGAUGGGACGCAGGGAGACUAAUCGGCCUGAAUCAGAUCUCGGGUCUGGGCAAUCCGGGCGGCCCGGGGUGUCGACAGAAAACCCCAUCUGGACCUUGGCCAAGAAGCACAAGCUCAAAAACACCCCGUCCAACUACAGCUCCAUCCUGACCUACGACGAGAACGGGCACACCGACUACAGCCGCAUGCUGGACGAGUACGACGCGGCAUGGGCCAAGGCAUCCGCGAGGGCCGGCCGCAUGCUCGCGGAAAACAUGCAGGACGAGACGGCGCGCGCCGGCCUCGCCCUGGCCGGAUGGAACCCCCGGCACGGCGACAUGAAGCGCCAGGCCGUCGAGUGGUGGAGAUGGGACUGGGACGCCGCCCUGACGCCCGAGGAGUCGUCCCUGAUAUUCGGCGCCGCCGGCGACAACCUCACCUUCCACCAGUUCAGCGACCAGAACAACCUCGUCGUCGACCCCCGGGGCUACGGGCACAUCGUCCAGGAGGAGUCGCGCACGUUCCUGGGAGCCGACGAUCGGCGGCUGCUGCUCGGGACCCGAGUCACAAACAUCACCUACUCGGACGACGGCGUCACGGUCCACAACGCCGACGGCUCAUGCGUCUCCGCCGCCUACGCCAUCUGCACCUUCUCCCUGGGCGUCCUCCAGAACGCCGGCGCCGACGCCGUCGCCUUCCGGCCCGAGCUGCCCGAGUGGAAGCGCGUGGCCGUCCAGAAGUUCACCAUGGGCACCUACACCAAGGUCUUCCUCCAGUUCAACGAGACCUUCUGGCCCGCCGACACGCAGUACUUCCUCUACGCGUCGCCCACCCGGCGCGGGCACUUCCCCGUCUGGCAGUCCCUCUCGGCCGACGGCUUCCUGCCCGGCUCCAACAUCAUCUUCGCCACCGCCGUCGAGCAGGCCUCCUACCGCCUGGAGCAGCAGACGGACGAGCAGACCAAGCACGAGGCCCUCGAGGUCCUGCGCCAAAUGUUCCCCGGCGUCACCGUCCCCGAGCCCCUGGCCUUCAUGUACCCCCGCUGGACGAGCACGCCCUGGUCGUACGGCAGCUACUCCAACUGGCCCGUCGGCACCACCCUCGAGAUGCACCAGAACCUGCGCGCAAACACCGGCCGCCUGUGGUUCGCCGGCGAGGCCACCAGCGCCCAGUACUUCGGCUUCCUGCACGGCGCCUGGUUCGAGGGCAUGGAGGCCGGGUCCCGGGUCGCCGCCCUGCUGAGGGGCGAGUGCGCCGACGCGCACGACGCGCACGACGCGCCCCGGUGCGGCGACAGGCCUCACUACGACCCGCUCCACGGCACGUCGCCCCUGGAGGACUAUCGCGCCCCCAACGGCUGGGCCGCCAGCAGCUUCUACGCGAGCCGGCCGGAGUAG